GGCGCGUGCGCAGAGGGGCGAUGAGAGCUAGGAGGGGCAGCGCGUGCGCAGAGGGGCGGUGUGGCUUAGGAGAGGGCCAUGGAAGCUAAGAGGAGUGUUGCGUUCGCGGAGAUGUGACUGGUGGGACCUGCGGCGGCUCCCAUAUGAUGGUCACCCUCCUGGGCGCGACGACCCUAGUGCUCGUCACCUUGGCGCCAUGGGUGUUGUCCGCAGCCGCAGGUGGAAAAAAUCUAAAAUCUCCUCAAAAAGUAGAGGUUGACGUCAUAGAUGACAACUUUAUCCUGAGGUGGAACAGGAGUGAAGAAUCUGUCGGGAAUGUGACUUUUUCAUUCGAUUAUCAAGAACCUGAGAUGGAUAAUUGGAUAAAAUUGCCUGGAUGUCAGAAUAUUACUAGUACCAAAUGCAACUUUUCUUCGCUCAAGCUGAACGUUUAUGAAGAAAUUAAAUUGCGUAUAAGAGCAGAAAAAGAAAACACUUCUUCAUGGUAUGAGGUUGACUCAUUUACACCAUUUCGCAAAGCUCAAAUUGGUCCUCCAGAAGUACAUUUAGAAGCGGAAGAUAAGGCAAUAGUGACAUACAUGUCUCCUCCUGGAACAGAAGAUAGUGUCAUGUGGGCUUUGGAUCGUCCAAGCUUUACAUAUAGCUUAGUUAUCUGGAAAAACUCUUCAAGUGUAGAAGAAAGGAUUCAAAAUAUUUAUUCCAGACAUAAAAUUUCUAAACUCUCACCAGAGACGACUUAUUGUUUAAAAGUUAAAGCAGCACUACUUACGUCACGGAAAAUUGGUGUCUAUAGUCCAGUGCAUUGUAUAAAGACCACAGUUGAAAAUGAACUACCUCCACCAGAAAAUGUAGAAGUCAUUGUUCAAAAUCAGAACUAUAUUCUUAAGUGGGAUUAUACGUAUGCAAACAUGAGCUUUCAAGUUCAGUGGCUCCCCUGCAGCUUGGUCCGAGUUGACACUUGUCAGCUUUUCCCCCAAUUCAUGUCGUUUCGGCCUGCAGUUGCAUUACCUCCUUUGGAUGUCAAAUUCUCCUUUCUCCUUCAACUCUCUAAAGCCAUGUAUUUUGAUGAACCGGCUCUCUCUGACGUCACCUGA